AUGCUAGAGACUUCAUACGAACGCCUCAUAGAGUUGACUGCGGACCAUGCUGAUGCUUUCUUUUCCCCCUCCGCAAGCGCUCAUGACGCCAAACUUUAUGCCCAUUUCAGACGCCUCUUGGAUACGAUAGCCAUACAUCUCAUUCGUGGAUACCUAUCAACUGAGGAGCCUACUGCAGCUUUACGGAAGCACGAAGCUCACAUUGCCAAUGUUUUAGAUCUCUGUAAAGAUCAGUGUAAGAAGGAGAAUAUGGCUUGGGUUGCGGUUCAGUAUCAAUGGAUCGGAGAGUUGAUGCUGAUGGUACCUCAAUCCGUUCUCAGUGACUUAAAUCUCGACCAUCAAGUCAAACAGAAAGCUUAUCAGAACAGUUUGGCGUAUUUUGGAGGCUCAAAUUUCCACGACUCGUUUAAUUCAACAAUCGUCACCCAGUCUUUCUUAAUGUACUUGAAGGCUUUCUCGAAACUAGAAAACGCAAUUCCUGAUAAGAUCCAGCUACCUUAUAUCACAAGUUUAGCGAAUGCGGUUAAAUUUCUGCGUCAUAAACUUCAUCUACUUCAAAGAUCACAAGAAUGCUUGAUUAACGCAACGCAGCACGGGACAAUCCACUCUCUGUUGAAGGGCUUCUUCAUGUAUAUUGAGUGGCUUCUCGCCGAAGAGCUCUUCAGUAUGGGCCAGUAUGAAGAAGCUGAAAAGCACUAUAUCACUGUUCUCAACCACGAGGGUACUGAAAAGUGGAGUUCGCUUUUUCAACUUCUCACUCAGCGCUUGUCAAUGAUAUACGAAAAAACGGACAAGUACGAGCAACAGCUAGAGUCAAUAGUUCGACUUGCGUCACAGAAGACUCCCAUCCGUGAUUCUGCCUCGGUGCCAAUAACCUUGAAGCGUUCAGUCGACAUCGCUCUAGACGAGAAAAGUCAGUUCUUCUCUGUUGCUGUCAAUUUGUUCAGUGAGACUUUAAAGAAAGAGUUUUUCGAAUUUGACACGAUUGUCUCUCAAAUAGAGAUUGAGCCUAUUUUUCAAGCAAGCAAGUUGGAGGGCCUUAUUGAAGACAGUAAAGCUGACCUCAAAAUAACCAAGAUAGAGGUGAACUUCGAUGGAAGACUGGUAAUCUUAACUCAUGAAGACCGCAAUGAAAAGGUAUGUCAAGUGAGACUUGAUGGCACAUCCGAAUAUAAGGCUGACCUACUAAAGCUUGGAAAAGGUGGUGUGUUACAGCUUUUCCACGAGGUAACCAAGCCAGGAAAAUACAAAGUGGAAUCGAUCGCCUUAUAUUCAACCCUUCUGGUAAGGUCUGGUGAGCAUACGGUAAAUUUCAAAAGAUCGGAGCUUCACAGCUUCCUUAGUGUGGCAAGGCCAGUUACAUCUUUCACUGCUCUACUCAAAACCGAACAGAAUAGCUUUAAACGUCAUGUCAUACGCACACACGGUCAUCAAGCCAUUGAAUGCGUUGUCCAGCCUUACAAACCUGAGGUACGCGUUGAGCUUCUUGAACCACUUCAGUUUAUCAUCAUGGGUGAGAAGUUCGAGAUGCCAAUGAAUAUAAGGUUUCUUCGCCCACCUCAUGAGAAGGCCAAUAUCUCAUCCUUGAGUAUCUUAGUCAAAAGUAGGUUGCUUGAGGGCGAGGUGGAACAGGAUUACGUCAUUCCCCAUACUAACUGGAAGCUGCUUAAGGAUGACGAGAACUUGAGCAUUCUAGACGAGUUUAAGAAUGCAAAAGAAUCAUUGCAAGGAACUCUUCAGAUAAGUCUUCGCAGACCACCAAGUGUGAAGCCCAAGCAGGAAAUCACAUUCGUAAUUGAGAUGCAAUUGAUCGUUGGCGAAUCAAACAAGUCAACUUCUGUGUACGACCUUGAUACCAUAGAGAUCCCGGUCCUUGCAAAGCCAUUUGAUUAUGAAUACGACGUUAAAACACGUUUCAGGGACGACAGCUCACUCGAUAUGAGGAAUCCGUUUAUCUUGUCUACUGAUCAGGCAGAUGCUGAGAGGAAUUUUUCUAUGCCACUGCCAUCUAGAGUGUGGGCUUCGACCGCAAGAGUCAUUGACACUCAUAAACUCAUCGAGUCCAACAAUAUUAGGGUCAAAAAGUGUCUGUUUUUGAUCAGAUCAAAGAAUACAGAGGUUGAUGUGAAGCCCUCUGGUUCCACAGAAGAGAACGCUUUGGAGUAUUCUCAAACUUUCAUAACAAGCUCACGCCAUCGCUUUUCUCUCCGCCUGGCAAGCGUCAUCAUCUCGAGCGUCUUCAUUUGGAGUCGAGGAGAAAGUGAACUCGAGAAUGAAUUUGAGACGGAUGAUUGGGAAGUGAGCUUGCUGUUGCAAGACCCUCGAGUUAUCUUGCAUCGCGUCGAAGCCAAUGAUGGAAAAGCUGUUUUGGAGUAUGUGAUCGAAAACCCGACACCUAGGAUAUUUACCUUCACUACGACAUUGAAAACCGAGGACAGUGCCUUACGCGGAGUUGACUGGAAUUUUGAAGACCCUAGCAAUAUUUAUCCAUUGCACCAGGCAGCGUUCCCUGUGUUACCAUUCAGUCGACACAAUAUGGCCUACACGGGAAAGUUUCAGGUCGAGGACGCUACCUCGACGUCAAUUGAGCUUCCCAAUCUUCAAGUGUACGACUUAAACUACAAAGUGAGCUUGCCUACGCUUCCUGUUGAUGAUAAAGUGGUUGUCGAGGGAGAUGUAUUGUACUUGAAACAGUGA